CGGCAGGGGGUCGCUAGGAUACAGGGCCCUGGAGCCCUGGACCCAACGACUACCUGCCGCAGGCAGCCACCGUUGGCGUCCAGACCGGCAGCACAGUCCAGCCCAGCCCAGCCGAGCCGAGCCGAGCAGAGGGCACCCAGUCCAGCCGAGCCGAGCCGAGCAGAGCUGAGCCGAGCAGAGCCGAGCAGAGCUGAGCAGAGCUGAGCGGAGGGAGCCCAGGCCCGCCGAGCCGGCCGAGCCAGCGCCCAUCAUGCCAAGGCAGCGGAGCCGUCGAAGAGGACGAGGGUCCGGGUCAUCGCGGCCCCGGAGGCGCGCCUGCUCCCACACCGCCCGAGCCGAGCUGACCUUCUCUGUGAGCCUGGUGGAGCGCCGUCUGCGGGAGGGCCGCUAUGCCCAGCGCCUGAGUCGGUCUGCCUCCGUGUUCCUGGCCGCCGCCCUCCAGUGCCUGACGGCCACGGUGCUGGAGCUGGCCGGCAACGAGGCCCAGCACAGCGCCAGGAGGCGCAUCACCCCGGAGCUCCUGGACAUGGCCGUCCACAACAACGCGCUGCUCAGUGGACUCUUCGGUACUACGACCAUCUCCCAGGUCGCCCCGGCCCGGCGCUAG